AGCAGGAAGGUGUGGUUAAGUGUAUUACCUAAUUGUGAUGUUUACCUAGUUGUUUACAGUAGGAUGGACAUGUAUCAUUUAUAUGUAUUUCAUUUUAUUAUUUAUAGUUUAAAAAAACAACAAAGAUCAGAUGUUUUUCAACAAAAAGUCAAGUUUGGAGGGUUCUCACUCACUGAUAGCUUUGGCAACAUAUAUAGCUGGACAGACACCAUUUCCAGAGUUCAGUGUUGUGCUGAUGUUGGAUGAUCUGCAAAUAGGAUAUUAUGACUCAAUCACAUGGAAACCUGUCUUUCGCACUAACAGGGAUUCAGAAUACUACGAUGAAGAGCAAAGUGAUGCUGAUACUGUAUUUAACGACAUGUAUAAGGGCAUGAAAUCUCGGGAUUCUGAUGUUAAGAAACACUUAAAUAUCACAGAUGGAAUACAUGUUCAUCAGAGACUUGUUGGAUGUGAACUUUUGAAUGAUGAUAAACCAGGUCCACUUCAUUUCUGGGAUGCUUUUGAUGAACAAUGUAUGGAGGAGUUCACAUAUGACCAGGAAAUAAACGAUAUCCAGAUGAAAAAGCCAUGGAUGAUAUCAAGGGACCAAGUGAAACAGCGUCAUAUAAAGUUUCUAUAUGAAAGAGUUUAUCAUCCUAUUUGCAUUAAAACUUUGCGGAGGUACCUGAAUAUGGAAAAGAACAAUGUGAUGAGAAAAGAUGAGAGAAUCAACCUGAUUAACUUCAGUAUAAAGAGAGAAAAAAGCAUAAUCAACAAAUAUGACCCAACAGUUGUACUGACAGAAAAUAUAUGUGCCUCUGAAUACUUUAUGAAUCAUGAGAACCAUAAAUAA